AUGGGAUCGCAGACCGGGGCAGCUCCGCAGAAAAAGACGCUCCUGUGGUUCAUUGUAGUGUGUCAGUGUGUGUCGGCACUGGGGUGUGGACCCCACUAUGAGUUCGCCAUCGACAAGUACUGCCUGGCCAAAUUCGGAAUGGACAUGGAAGAGCUGGACGAGAGACGCUGGUGUAGCUGGGAGGACACAGUCGAACUCUAUGGCGAGCUGACAAACUGCACGUUCGUGGUGGCGCUGCAGAUGGAGUGCUACUGGCCCAACAGGCUGGUGGAUGAGUUCUUCAUCCGAGUCCACAAGCACUACUUCCACGACUGCUCGCUAUCUGGACGGCUUCUCAAGGACCCACCCAACCACAUCCUGGGUCCCUUUAUUGUAGUGCCCAUCCUGGUCACCCUCCUCAUGACGGCCCUGGUGGUGUGGAGGAGCAAACGCAGUGAGGGGAUUGUGUAGUGAGGGGAAGGAGGGGUUCAGCAGGACGCCAGGGUCACAAGACUGAAGAUUCACACCUGGAAGCUGAACAAGAUGAACUCAGAAGCUAUUUGAGUGAUGACUGAAUACACUGACACCAAUAUAAAGCCUUUGCAGCUCAGAUCUAUAGUUACACCAAACAUGGAACGUGGAACUUCUCACCUGAAUCCUGGAUUGAACCUGAACCAGCAUUGUUACUGGUGGAAAGUGUAAAUAUUAAAAAAAAAAACUUUAUUGAGAGCUGCUUCAAAGAAUUUUGGAUGUAGUAAAAAUGCUACUACACAUACAAGAACAACUACUUUUGUUCCACGGAAAUAACUAUUACCUACAGCCAAACAGGAAUGAAACACAGUGCUGGACUUUCCCAUGAGACCUGUUUUACACUAUGGCUAGGAUACAGAAGGGCAGUUCUGUUAGGGAACCAAGGUCAGAUUUUAUGUACAUACCUAAAUUGUAAAUAUACACAGUAUGUACAAUAUGAGAUUAAUCUGUCAGUGGAUUGUCAGAAUAUCUUUGUCACACAAUCAAGUGAACAAACCAUAGUACA